AUGCCAAUUUGCAAUAAUUAUUUGGCUAACGAAACUCAAUCCUGUGGACAAUACGAUACAUGUAUUGCUCCAAAUACUUGUGUCUCAAAGAAUAUCACAUGUUUCACUAAGCCAAGAGCUGAAGCUUGUAAUCAAGGUACUUGUAUUUCUCAAGAUAUGUGUCAAUGUAAUAAUGGAUACAGUGGAUUAGAAUGCCAGAUUCAUCAAUGUUUUGGAAAGAAUUUUACUGAUUCAUCUGUUUGUUCUGGAUCAGGAACUUGUGUUUCUGUUGAUAGCUGUUUAUGUAAGAGUGGUUACAUUGGUUCUGAAUGUCAAACAUAUUCUUGUUCUGGUUUAACCAACUCCAAUCAAACUGUUUGUUCAAGAAAUGGUCAAUGUGUUGGUCCAAAUACUUGCCAAUGUAAUAGUGGAUUCUAUGGCAAGUUGUGUGAAAUUACUUCAUGUUUUGGUAUUUUGGCCAAUCAAUCAAGUGUUUGUUCAUCUAAUGGUAACUGUUCAUCACUAAAUCAAUGUUCAUGUAAGAGUGGUUGGGAAGGUCCAUCUUGUUCUGAAACAAGAUGUUUUAAUACUUUGAGUAAUUCUUCAUCUGUUUGUUCAAGUAAGGGUAAAUGUAUAGGAAAAGAUCAAUGUGAUUGUUAUCCAGGUUUUACUGGUUCUCAGUGUAGUGUUAUGGUUUGUGGUAGUGGAUAUACUGGUAGUGAUUGUACUAUUCCACUUUGUAACAAUCAAACAGGUACAUCUGGUUGUAACAAACAAGGUAAUUGUACUGCCCCAAAUACUUGUGAAUGUAAUAGUGGUUACACUGGUGAUAGAUGUCAAUACACUACUUGUAAUGGAUUGAGUGAAUCUCAAGGAGGAUGUUCGUAUAGAGGUUCAUGUGUUUCAAAGGAUGUUUGUUCUUGUAAUGGUAACUUUGAUUCAUCCAAGUUUUGUUCUAAAUGUGUUGAUGGUUUUGUUGGUGAUAAUUGUGAUAUUCCCGUUUGUUUUGAAAUUAGUGCUACCGAUAAUAGAGUUUGUUCUGGAAAGGGUUCAUGUAUUGCUCCAAAUAUCUGUCAUUGUUCUGAAGGUUAUAAUGGUACAGCUUGUCAAACGUUUAGCUGUUAUGGAAUUGACAAGUCAAGCUCUAGUGUUUGUUCAUCUCGUGGUAUUUGUUCAGCUCCUAAUAAGUGUUCAUGUCCAAUUAAUUACAAUGAUGGUAAAUCUUGUUCAAGCUGCUCACUUGAUUAUUCAGGAGCUAAUUGUAACACUCCAGUUUGUGAUAGAGUUCAAACUUGUAAUUCCAGAGGUAAUUGUGUUAAUUUGAAAUGUGUUUGUGAAGGUAACUUUGUUGGUACAUAUUGUGAUCAAUGUGCUAGUGGAUUUGUUGGUUCCAGUUGCUCAAUUACUUGUAAUAGUGUUAGUAAUUGUUCCUCUAAAGGUUACUGUAAUAAUGAUGGCUCAUGUACUUGUUAUGGAAACUUUGAUGCUUCCAGUAAUUGUGCCAAGUGUUUGAAUGGAUGGUUUGGAAGCAAUUGUGAUUUCCAAAUUAAUUCUAAUAGUUUUGUUUUCACUUCAACUGGUGGGUCAAUUAUUGGUGAAGUCAAAUCAAGUUUAUUGAAACAAUCAGAUUGUUCAGAUGUCAUUUCUAGCUCUGAUUUAUCAUUGAUAGGUUCUGAUGCUAAAUGUAUUUUGAAUUCUGCAACUUCCUCUUUGGAAAUUAUAUUAGGAACCAGUGCAAAUAUUGUACCAGGUAAUUCUUUGAGAUUAUUCAAAUUCCCAGGAAGCGCUGAAACAUUGUCUGUUACAGUUUCUUCUGGUACAUUUGUUGCACUUCCUCCAAGUGUUAAUCUAGUUUCUGAUAAGAGCUCUGUUUCCAAGUGUGAUACUCUAUAUUUGGAUGCUUCUGGAUCAGUUUCAUCAGAUCGUCGUGCAUUGUUAUUCUCUUGGUAUGUCACUAACGGUCCAACUGUUGGUGAAAUGAAUGCUUUGAAUACUUACUUGAGUGGUGUUAAAACUUCAAGCGCUAUUGUCGAUUUCAGCUCCUCUUCAUUGAGUGCAAUUUCUGGUGGAUCAUUCAUUAUUCAAGUUACUGUCACAACUGCAUUCUCUAAAGUUGCCACAUCAAGUGUUACCGUGAAUGUUGUUAGCAAUCCAGUUCCAACUCUAUCACUCAGUGAAGGUAUUUCUGUGACUUACAUGAUUGGAUCUACUAUUGUAUUGACACCAGUCAUCAAAUUCCCAAAGUGUUAUUCUGGAAAUUAUCAAACUGAUUAUACCUAUUCUGUUGAUACUUCUUCAGCCUCUAAAUCAGUUGUAACUCCAAAAUCUAGUAAUAAUUUAUUCGCUAUUGGUAAAUCCUUCACUGAUAUUAAUAAGGAAGGCGAUUAUUACUUUAUCCUUAGGGCUGUUUCUGACAAUGCUAACGAUGCAUUUCUUCCUUUCAAGGUAACUGCUGUAGCUCAAGAUUUGACUAUUCAAUUCAACAUUUCUGACAUUACUCAAUCAACUCAAGAUUCAUUGGAUUUCUCUGUUGCAGUUGUUGAUCCAAGUAGUACGUCUGAUUCAGAAACUGUCACUAUCACAUGUUUUGAUAUUGUCAACAUUAAGUCAUGUUCUUCUCCAAAUUUAAAUCAAAGAACCUUCUCCACAUUCCUCUCUGCUGGUGAAUACAAGUAUACUGCUACUGUUGUUAAGGGAUCAAGAUCUGCAUCAACUAAUUUAAUUGUUAAAGCUAAGUCCGUUCCAAAGAAUACUUUGAUUAGAGCUUCAAUUACUUCUAAUAGCGAUCUUUCACUUGUUAGCCCAUCAUCUGAUUUGUAUUUGACCUAUUCCUCUCUUGAAGUUUUAUCAUCUCCAACCUUCUUCUGGUUCUCUGAUAAGUUUGAUUUAUCAUCACUCACCCAAACUUCCAGCUUUAUCAAGAUUCCAAAAUCAUUGUUGAGUGCUGGCGCUUCAUACUCUAUUAGUUUGAAUAUUACUGAUGGUUCAAAGAAUGGUGUUGCUACAACAAGUGUUAAUGUAAACUCUCCUCCAACAAGAGGUAUUUUCGAAGCUAGUCCACAAUCUGGUGUUGCUCUCAGUACCUUAUUCGAAUUGAAAUGUGGAAAUGGUUGGACAGACUCUCAGUUGCCACUUACCUAUCAAUUCUUCUAUUAUGAUGACAUUUCAUCCUCUUGGACUGCAUUGACGGAGAGAACUGAAACUAGAUCUACAAGAAUCAAAUUACCUUCUUCAAGCAGUUCUCAACUCCGUCUUAAAGUUGCAGUUUAUGAUUCCAAGUUGGCAUUUACAGAAUCUGAAAUUUCUGUAGCUGUUACUCAACCAACUACCACUCAAGCAGUGAAUUCUAUUGAAUCAACUGCGAAGGAAACACCAACCCUUGCUUCCGUAUCUGCUGUCAUUAAGGUUGUUAGCUCUAUUGCUGGUGCAACUGCUGAGCAAAAAGCUGAAAUUGCAAAAUUGACUUCCAAUAUGAUUCUUUCCUAUUUGGACAAUCAAGCAAAGGCUCAAUCUGUUGCUUCUGAAAAUACUAACUCUGCCUCCUCUAAAUUGUCAAUGAUUUCUUCUGGUACUUCAAGUUUGGAAUAUAUUGUCGAUGACAUUAUUUCCAAGAUGAUCACCAAUCUUGCUCAAACUGCUGCUAAUGCUGCUUCGAGUGAUGAAGUUAAAUUGGCUACUGAACUGUUGACAAAGGCGAAGGAAGCUGCUGAUAAAUUCUAUAGAUUUAUUGUAGCAAAGGGUGUUUCAAAGAGAUCAUUCUCCAAUUCUGAUAUUACUAAUAUUCAAGCUACGUAUGACAGUUUAUCAAGCGCUCUCGUUAAGGAUACAGUUGCUGACCUUCCAGCCAACUAUAUUGUUGCUAAUCAAACAACUACUUAUUCAAGAAAGGUCAAUAUUGCAACUUUGAAUAAUUUACAAGAUAUUAUUAAUGGAAAUAAGUUCAAAAUGGCAGCUAAAUUUUCUGAUCUUGUUUCUAAUUACAAGACUCUCAUUCUUAAGGUAAAAUCAUCAAGUGGCGGAGUCACCAACUCUGUUUCAGAUGCUCUUGAUAUUUCUCUUGCUGAAAAAUCUGCAGUUACCGUUUCUAGUUCAAGUUCUAUUGCCGAAUUGACCUUCUCUACCUCAAAGGAUAUAACAAUGGCAAGAUCGGUUUCUGCAUAUGAUGUCUAUUGUCAAGUUUACAAUUCAGCAACCAAUAAUUAUCAACUCUCAACCAGUUGUUCAGUCAUUUCCAAGACCAGUAACUCUGUAACUGUUUCUGUCUCUUCAACUGGCAAAUAUUUGUUAACUGCUCAACCAAAGGCUAUUCCAACACCUGUUGUCUCUCCAAAAUCUUCUCCUGCUCCUUUUAUUCCAAAGGUUUCAGCUCGUGUCAACAACGUUGCAAUGAUUUCGUUCAGUGUUUCCUUACUGGUUUCAAUCAUGAUGUGCUUGUUAAUGCUUUAA